AUGGCCGACCUCGACGACCUCUUCCUCGACGAGGAGCCCGCGCCCUCGCUCGCCGCCCCCCGCAAGGGCCGCCUGCAGAAGGGCCGCGCCGCGUCGCCCGAGAACAAGCCGCCGCAGCGCAAGAAGGAGAAGCUCGGCCGCAAGCGGCCGGCGGCGGCGGCGCGCUCGAAGUCGGGCUCGGACUCGGACGCGCCGAUCGCCGCGCCGAGCGCCAACCCGAAGAAGAAGAAGCCCCGCCCUCCUCCGCCGAGCGUGUCGGCGACGUCCGGCUCCGAGAGCUCCGCCGACGAAGAGGGAGCUGUCGCGCGCAUCACGGCGAGGGCGAGCCCGGCGCAGCGCGCGGCGCGGCGCGCGGCGCGCUCGUCGGGCGCCGCCGCCGAGCGGGGCGGCGGAGGCUGCUACUCGGACGGGCUGAGCGGCAGCGGAAGCGGCAGCGAGGAGGCGUCGGGCUCGGACUCUGACUCGGACUACGGCGGAAAGAAGAAGAAGAAGAAGAAGGGGGGCGGCGGGGGCAAGGGGGAGGGGAAGGGGCGCGGCGCGAAGGCGGCGCGCCACUCGCUCCUCUCCGAGUCCGACGGGGACGGCGGCGUCGGCCCAAAGCCCGAGAAGCCCGCGCUGAAGCGACUCGCAGCGCAGUACUCGGACCGGCCGGCGCGCGAGGUGAACCAGCAGCAGCUGCGCUCGGUCGACUUCCUCGUGGUCGGGUCGAUGGGCAAGCGGUCCUCGUGGAAGCUCCCCAUCCGCGAGCUCGGCAACAAGUACAACGUCGAGCUGCUCGCGAAGGCGCGCAAGGUUGUGCGCGCCGACGCCGACGGGAGCAAGAAGGCCUCCUUCCCUAUCCCGGACGGCACCGCCGCCAAGGUCGAGCACCUCUGGCGCGAGGCCAAGCAGUGGCACCGCUGGUGCCGCACGCAGGCGCCGCUCUCGCACACCGCCCGGCCGGCCUCCAAGGCAAAGGCCGCGGCGGCGCCGCCCGCCAAGCGCGUCAAGGCAAGCAUGUCCGCGCCGGCGCGCAGCGAGAGCGAGAGCAGCAGCGACGCGCCGAUCGGCGGCGGCGGCGCUUCGGGCAAAGCGGGGCUGCGGCAGAGCAAGGGCGGCGGCGCGGCGGCCGGCGGCGGCGGCGACGAGGAGAGCGGCGGCGGCAGCGACGUUCCGAUUGGCGGAGGAAGGCCGAUGGCGGCGCGGCGGGCGGCGGCCGGGUCCCCGGGGCUCCGGUCGGCGGCGGCGCGCGGCGCGGAGAGCGGCGGCGAGGCGGAGGAGGAGGACGCGGACUACGUCGACGGCGAGAGCGACGGCGGCGGCGGCGGGGUCGGGCGCGGCAGCGACGAGGAGGCGGAGUACCUGGCGGAGAUCGAGGAGCAGCAUGCAAAGGCCAAGGUCAAGGACCGCUUUUGGCGGCGCGACGCCGACUUCAUCGCCGACGACGACGAGGAGGAGGAGGGGGAGGGGGAGGAGGAGGAGGGCGGCGGGGGCUACGACGACGAGGCGCUCGAGGAGGGCCAGCGAGGGCCGAGGGCCGCCGAGCUUCCGCUGCACGUUCGCCGGCUCGACGACGCGGACCUUGACCGGAUGCAGUCGGAGACGCAGCGGCUGCUGCGGCAAGACGAGGCAAAGCUGGCGGGCCACAGCGAGAAGGCGAUCCAGAAGAACCACCUGCUCGCCUCCAUCCAGCGGCGCAGGGUGGAGGUUGCAGUGGAGAGGGCGGCCAAGGUUGGCUUCGAGGCGGACGAGGACGACGUUGCGGAGGGAGGCGGGCUUGCGGCGGUGCAGUGCCCGGAGACGCGCUCCCUCUACUGCUCCACCCUCUGCUUCCGCAUGAAGAGCGAGGCGGCGGCCGCCGUGGCCAAAAACACGGCGGCAGCGGCGGGCGCAGCGGCAGAGGAGGCGGCGGCGGAGGCGGCGGCGGCGGAGGCGGCGGGCGGAGGCGGCGGCGAGGGCGACGAGGAGGACGAGGACUUGGUGGCCGCCCUCAAGAAGAUGAUCGGCGCUGAGGGCGUCAAGGCGCGGGCGGGUGCGGCGCGGCGCGGAUCCCUGCUCACGCGGCUGCGCGUCUCGGCCGUCACCGCCACGCGCGAGGAGGCGCGCAGCUCGGGGCGGUACCUCGAGGCGAGCCAGGAGGAGGGGGGGCUGUCGUUCGACACGCAGCAGGAGGCGGAGGGCGAGGAGGAGGAGGAGGAGGAGGCGGCGGCGGCGGCGGCCGAGGGGGCGGUGUGGGUUGCGGGCGGCGGAGGAGCGUUCGACACGCAGCAGGAGGGCGAGGAGGAGGGCGAGGAGGGCGAGGAGGGCGGCGGCCAGGGCGGCGGCGAGGGCGGCGAGGGCGGCGAGGGCGGCGGCGCCGAGGCGGCGGGGGGCGAGGCGGCGGGGGGCGAGGCGGCGCGAUUGUGCGGCAAGACCUUCAGCCGGAAGCCGCAGCAGGCCAAGCUCAGCUUCGGGGUGGCUGGAGGCGGGGCCGCGCGCGCCGCGGCGGAGGCGGCGGAGGCGGCGGAGGAGGCGGAGGAGGGCGAGGGGCGGCAUGCGGCGGCGCUUCCUGCGCCGGUGGAGGAGGCGCUUGCGGAGGCGGAGGAGGCGGCGGAGGCGGCGGAGGAGCAGGCGGAGGCGGCGCGUUCGGCGGUGGAGGCGGAGGCGGCGGAGGCGGGCGCGGAGAUGGGCGAGGCGGCGGACGGCGGCGCGACGCUGAUCUGCGAGGCGGCCGGGGAAGCAGGGGCGGAGGAGGAGGCAGAGGAGGAGGCGGCGGAGGAGGAGGAGGAAACACUGCAGCGCGCGCUCAUGCGUCGGACGAGGCAGAACGGCGGCGGCGGCGGCGGCGGCGCGGAGGCGCUGGUGGCGGCGGAGGCGGCGGAGGCGGCGGCGAGCGAGGCCGAGGCCGAGGAGGAGGGGGAGGGGGAGGAGGAGGAGGAUGUGGACGGCCGGUCGGAGGGCGGGGACUCGAUCGACGAUUUCAUCGCGUCAGACGACGAGGCGGAGGAGGAGGCGGAGGACGAGAUCAUCGCGCGCGCGACGGCGGAGGCGGAGGCGGAGGAUCUGGACGACGGCGACGACAUGUUCGACGACACGUCGCGCAAGGUCAAAGAGCGGAUCAAGGAGAAGCUCGGCGGCGGCUGGGUCGUCGGGGACCGGUCGGCGCCGCUGCUCGACUUUUCUCCGGACAAGGCUGCCGUCGACAAGGAGGCGCUCCGUCGCGAGCUGCGCCGCAAGCGCGACCGCGGCGCCGAGGCUGCGCAGUAUGUCCUGCGGCGCGAGGAGUCGCUCCCGCCGCUCCACCCCGAGCCUGGCCGGCAUGGUCGCCCGCCAGCCGGCGUCUUCGGCGGCGCCCGCAGCCGACCCGCCCGCCGCCAGCGAGCCGCCGGCCUCGCGCGGCGCUCUGGCCGUCCGGCAGGGCGGAGGCUCGCGGAGGAGGACCUGCUUCACGCGCACUCGACCAAUCCGUUAGGCAUCAAGUUCUUCGGCAGGGCAGCGGCGCCCGCCCCCGCGCCGCCGCCCGUCACGGAAGCCGCCGCGCCCGCGCCAAAGCGCUUCCGGUCCUCCUCGUCCGCCGCCUCGAGCGUCGGCGGCUCCAGUGCGACUGUGGUGCCGGCGCCGCGCCGCGCAAACUCGUUCGCCUCGUCCGCCGGCGCCCAGCCGGACAAGGCGGGCCUGCUCAAGGAGCUCGGAGGCGCGUCGGGGGGCGGCGCGGCCGGCGGCACCGCCUUCGUCUUCCGGAACGAGUCGUCGCAACUCACCUCUGACGCCCCGCCGUUCGGUGCCGGCGCGGGGAGCGACCGCUCAGGCCGCGCCGCCGGCCCGCGCGCUGCGGCGGCGCCCGGCGGCGGCGGUGGAGGCGGAAGUUUGCUGGGCCGGAUCCUCGGCAAGGCAAAGAACUGGAGCAAGGCGUGA